AUGAGCCCGUCCUCGUUCCCUGCACACGGCGACCACGCAGACACCCCAAGCCAGCCAAACAGGUCCUCCUCGGGUCUCACUCUCGUUCUCCCACCGCUGAGCGCGCUCAAGGCCCAGAAGAGCAAGAAAAAGCUCAAGCUUACCUACGAAGAGCCCGUCAAGAAAACACCGAGGCCGCUCAAGCUCAAACCUCUCAAGGAGGUCCUCUCCAAGCUCAUUUCGCAGAUCAAGAAAAAGGAUGACUACGCCUUCUUCCUCCACCCGGUGGACCUCGCACAGGUCCCGGGGUACUCUGAUGUCGUCUCGCGGCCCAUGGAUCUCGGGACGAUGUCAACAAAGGUGGACAAGGGAAAAUACAGGUCGCUAGAAGAGUUUGCAUCCGACCUGCGCCUCGUCACUACGAACGCAAAGACCUUCAACCCCCCUGGGACGAUAUACCACACGGAAGCGGACCGCAUAGAGGCGUUCGCGCUCGAGCACAUCGCGAAGGCGGCCGCGACGGUGAUCGAGUACGAGACGGACUGGAACAUCGAGAUCGAGAAGGACGAAGACCCGGUCAAUGUCGACGACGACGACGCAUCGGGCAUGGCGGGCACGCCGGUAGACAGGACGCGGGGCACGCCCAUGGACGUCGAUGAGAGUCGCGCAGGCUCGCCGUUCCCCGCGCAAGCAGGGGGGAAGCGCGUGAAGGGCAAGAGGCUCCCCGGGCCGCUGUCAGAGAGCAUCGAGGCGGACGGCGGGUUACCUGGGGCGAAAGACGGGCUAGGAGCGUUCCCGCCGUGCUCGGACUGGGCAGAACUCAUGCUCGCGUUGAAACUGAAAGGCAAGCGAUACAAAACAAAGAAGGAGCGGAUGCGUAUCGAGAAGGGCGGCCCGCCGUUGACCGCGGAAGGCAGCCUGGACUAUUGGGAAAUGGAAGACCCAUUUACGGUGUUCGCGCCGCUUGUGCCGGAUCCUCUGGAGCGGCCGCAGCUCAGUGCGCUGUAUCCGUCGCUCGAACCGUCGGAUCCCUCCCGGGCGCCGCUACCCGGGCCCGUCAAUAUCAUCCCCGUCGACGAUAUUCCGGAGCCCUCCACCCUUGCUGCUUCGCACUCGGCCUUCAAACAUCCCGGUCGCACCAAGCCCGCGAAACGGCGGCACUGGACGAUCGUGCGGAAUGCCCCGUCGCGGGGGCGAGCGAGGGACGCUGCUGAGGAGGAACCAGCACUGGCUUGGAGCAAUGCACGCGAGCCCGCCGCGCCAGACUUUGCGACGUUCGCGAUACUCCCCAGUGUGCUUGCCGAGGAACGGCGAGUGAGAGACAUGGGCGCCGAGCUGGGGUCGGAAGCGAAGAUGUUCGAUGCGCUGCGACAGAGCUGCCAGCCGCCUGUUGCUGGCUCAAGUCAAAACAAGUCAUCCGAGGACGUCAAGACGGAGGACUAUUGGGAGGGGAAGACCGCAGAAGCGGAAGCGUACAUCCGAGACGUGGUCUACGGCGGCGUCGACGGAUUCGCAUACGUGCGCAGCUUGGCGGAGUUCCUUACUCCGUCGGAACGAAUCGUACGUGAGCGCGAUGGUGAGCCGCCGACGCACGCAGAACUGGGCAUGCCAGUGGCGAAAUGGGUCGAGCAACACAUCGUCGAUCCGCUCACCGACGGCCACCACGCCGUGCUUUGCGAAGCUGCGCGGAUCCUGCGCGAGCUUCCCCCGACCCCGCCGCCCGAGCCCUCCUCCCCUGUGCCGCAUUCCAUCCCGAUGCCCACCAGCUCGCCCUCCUCCGACCCAAUUCACCACCAAUUGGAGCUCUCCCUGCGCACGUACCCCGCAGCGGCACGCGCACUGCAGUCUCUGCAGGCCAUCGCCCGUGCGCAGAUCGACCUCCCUGCGCUCAUCCACACCCCCGAUGAACUGUUCCGCGCGGAGGACGUGUGGGCGGGGCGAGAGUACCGGGAGAAGCGCCGGCGGGAGAUGGACGAAGCGUUGGCACGGGACCCGGAGAAGAAUGCGGCGGCGUACCUGCAGUGGGCGAUCGAGGAGCACCGGGAGGCGGAGGCGGGCGCUGGCGCUGGCGCUGCAGCUCCUGGCUCGGCGGGUGCGGGGGUGAACGCGGCGGUGGUGGAGGAUGCGGGCAUGCUGGCGUUCGCGCUGGAGUAUGCGGCGGACGAGAUCGCGCGGCUUGCGCGAGACAAGCAGCCGAGCGAAGACGGCGAUGAGAAGCCCUUUUCCAAAGCUGACCCCGAUGGCGACGUGGAGAUGAAAGCCGAAGACGAUAUUGCGGUCGGCGCUCCAGUGCCGAACGGGGCCACCGAAGGCGCGGAGAGCAAGGACGAGCCUGGCGGGGAAGGCGAAGAAGAUCCGACACUCAAGAAGCUCAGGCUGAAUCUGCUCGCGCUCGCGAAGCGUGCCCCCCUCGACCAAAUCAUGAAGUUGCCAGCCGAGCUCGUCCCGGCGCACUUGCGACACAUUGUGCCCACCGCCGAUGCGUAG